CACCAUCCAAAGUAGCACUUUUCAUCUGAAAUGAGUCUCUCAGCUGUUAGAAUUUCCUCCAAGAGCAAGCCUGCCACUGCUGCUGUCAUCUUUUUGCAUGGGCUAGGUGAUUCUGGAGCCGGUUGGUCGUUUUUGUCUGAUUAUGCAAGAGCCUCCAAGGAGUUCGAUCAUAUCAAGUUCAUCUUUCCUAAUGCUCCAUCUCAACCAGUUACUGUCAAUGGCGGCAUGCGAUGUCCAUCUUGGUUUGAUAUUUAUGAAUUGGGCAACAACAAAAAUAUCAAUCUGGGCGAUGACAAGGAGGGUUUUCUUAAAAGUAUUGACACUAUCAGAGAGCAUAUCAAGGAACUAAACAAUAGCGACAUACCAACUGAUAGAGUUAUCAUUGGUGGGUUCUCUCAAGGUGCUGCUUUAUCCCUUGCUUCUUCAGUAUUGGUUGAUGAAAAACUUGCUGGGGUUAUUGGUCUAUCUGGGUUUGCAAGAAUCGUUUCGACUUUGAAGGAAAAAAUUGCUAGCUUUGAUGGUGUCAAAAACUUGCCAAAUGUUGAUACUCCAGUUUUGCAAUGUCAUGGCUUGCUAGAUGAAGUUAUCAAUUAUGAGUUUGGAGCAAUGACUAAAGACUUUUUCAAAAAAGAAAUCGGCUUGACCAACUAUAAAUUCUAUAAAUUUAACAAUUUGGGUCAUAGUUGUAAUGAAGACGAAAUUUCUCUUGUUUUAAAUUUUAUCAAAGAUAACUUACCUUCAACUACAAAAUAGAUACUUAAUAUAUUUAAUAGAUAGCCUUUGUAUGCUGCGAAAUG